UUCGGUGUUUUGAAAACAAUAGUAUGAAUAAUAAAAAACUACCUACUUAUAUCAUUUUACUGCUUGAAUGUAAUAUGCGAACAUGAAGGAAAAAGGUGUUUGAAACAUUCUGUGAAUAUUUUGAAGCAGGUAAGUUGGCAGUUUCCACAUUUCUGUAAAAAAUUAUUUGCCUUUAGUUGGCAAAAUGGUAAUUAUAAGCAAACCACUGUUCUACGAGAAAUUGGAACCUACAAUAAAGUGCAGAGAUUUAGUACAUCCAGAUAUUAGCAGUUGUACUAAAGCAAAUCUCAAACUAUGUUUGGAGGCUUUUCUACCAGGAGUAUUUUAUUUCUAUUUACCCAUUCAUUUGCUGCAAGUAAUUCUUGAUUAUAAGAAAAUCAACAGGAAAAAUUUUUUGAAAAAUUUGCUAAAGAAUAUUUUAAGGUCUGAAAGUUUUGGUGUAACUUUUGGUGGAUUAGCAAUCGCUACAAUCUGUCUGCAUAGUCAUCUUUCAGAACGACUUCGUUAUUACACUUUAUUACUACUGCCAGGUAUAGUAGCAGGAAUUUCUAUACGAUGGGAACACCCUAGAAACCGACAAUUAAACACGAUUCUUUGGGCCAGUUUGGUUGUUGAAGCACUAUUCAAAAAUGCUUACUAUUUCAAAAUCUUCACUUACUCCCCAAUAAAAGAAACACUUAUUUUUAUGCUUGUCAGUUCUUCCCUAAUGCAUUUAUUUAUAAACAGAGAUAAGAAACAAAUUCCGUUCAAUCUUUGGUUUUAUAAACCUUCUGACCCAAAAAAAUACAAGUUCACUCUCUACAAUUACUUUAGAGAAAUAUCAAAAUAUUUUGGAUUUGGAUAUGGAUUAAAUAGUAUUAGAUGUGUCUUGAAAGAUGCCAAAAUGAUGUUUAAGAGCCCUCUACAAUUUAUUAGAAAGACGGCUUUCAAUAGAAGUAAUCUUAAAUUUGGAAUUAUUAUUGGGCUUUAUGUAGGUUUAUUUAGGGGAGUUUCAGUCUUACUUCAAAAAUAUAGUAACUUGGAAAAAGCAAAUGCUGCAAUUGCAGGACUUGUAGCGGGAAUAUCUUAUUACAUAGAACCAAAUAUGACUAUUUUGACUACUGCUGUGGUAACCGUUUUACAAAUAUUAUGUAAACAAAUUUCAACCAUUCCAGAGUUUAGAAAAAUUCCAUUCACUGAAUUAGUUUUUAUGUUCUGUAAUGGAAUUCUUUUUUUUAAUAGAAUUGUAGCUCCAGUUACGUGUCCAAAAUAUUACACGAAUAUGCUUCAAAUUACUGCAAAUGGAGAACUAGAAAAAAUUUAUAUUAGACUAGUGAAUAAAUAUUUGCCGUAGAAUAAAAUGGUAAUAAACUCAAGCAGGAUGCAAAUUA